CGCCGGUCCGGCCCGAGGGCUGCUCGGGGCUGCGGCGGCCGCGGGGUGCGCACGUCGGGGGACAGCGGCCGAGCCCCCUCCGCCAGCCCCGGUCCGGAGGAGAUGAGCCCGGUGCCUACGGGCAACGGCAGCGCCUGGGGGGCAGCGGCGGCGCUGGGCAGCGGCGGUAACUGCAGCGGGGCCGCCAGCCUGAGCCGGCAGUGGGUGCUGGGGGCUGCCCUGAGCAUCACGGUGCUCGUCACCGUGGCCGGUAACCUGCUGGUGAUCGUGGCCAUCGCCAAGACGCCGCGGCUGCAGACCAUGACCAACGUGUUCGUCACCUCGCUGGCUUGUGCCGACCUCAUCAUGGGCUUGCUGGUGGUGCCCCCGGGGGCCACCAUCCUGCUGAGCGGACACUGGCCCUAUGGCACGGUGGUGUGCGAGCUGUGGACCUCGCUGGACGUGCUCUGUGUGACGGCCAGCAUCGAGACGCUGUGCGCCAUCGCCGUGGAUCGCUACCUGGCCAUCAUGUCACCGCUGCAGUACGAGGCGCUGGUGACCAAGGGUAGGGCACGGGCUGUGGUGUGCCUGGUGUGGGGCAUCUCUGCCUUCAUCUCCUUCCUGCCCAUCAUGAACCACUGGUGGCGGGACGGGGCGGAUGAGCAGGCAAUGCGCUGCUACGAUGACCCGCGCUGCUGUGACUUUGUCACCAACAUGACCUACGCCAUCAUCUCCUCCACCAUCUCCUUCUACGUGCCCCUGCUCGUCAUGCUCUUUGUCUAUGUCCGUGUCUUUGCCGUGGCUACACGCCACAUCCAGCUCAUCGGUAAGGACAAGGUGAGGUUCCUGCAGGGCCCCCCCAGCCCUGGCUCUAGGAGAAGCCGGCUCAGGCGUCCCUCCCGUCUGCUGGCCAUCAAGGAGCACAAGGCGCUCAAGACCCUGGGUAUCAUCAUGGGCACCUUCACGCUGUGCUGGCUGCCCUUCUUCGUGGCCAACAUCAUCAAGGUCUUCUGCCGGGGGUUGGUGCCGGAUCAGCUCUUCCUCUUCCUCAACUGGCUGGGCUACAUCAACUCAGCCUUCAACCCCAUCAUUUACUGCCGCAGCCCCGACUUCAGGAGCGCCUUCCGCAAGCUGCUCUGCUGCCCGCGCCGCGCCGACCGCCGGCUCCACGCCGUGUCCCGGGACCUGCAGCGCUGCCCCUGUGCCUUCAGCCCCUCGGGGGGUCCCUUGGGAGACAGCAAAGUGGGAGCCCCCGGUGAGGAUGGGAGCCGGAUGGAGGAGACCACCUUGUCGCAGGGUACCCAGACUGCGCUGUGCGCACAGCUCGAUGGGUUUGCCGGCAGAGAGACACCAGCAGGUCCCUCCAUCUGACCGGGAGCAGCCGGGAGCCGGGAACAGCGUGAGUGCAGGCCGGGUGCUGCAGAGGGACGGGAGGAGCAGCGCUGGGGGUGACGGCGCUGGAAGGACCCUCCAGUGCGCGGGGAGCAGAGGGAUGCUCCCUCGGGAGUGCUCGCGGUCACAGCAGGGACCAGGGAGCCGGCUCCUCUGUGCUGUUGGUGCUGGAGAACCGGAGCCGGUUGGGAAAAGGCUCCGGAGCUGCUCUCCAAGAGGCAGCGCAGCCUUGGGGACGUGCCUGUGCUCGCUGUGUGGAUGGGGACCAGCUCCCACCCGGGGUGUUUCCGGGCUGGAAGCAGGACAUCGUGGAUCUGCUCUCUGGAAGGAUGAAGAAUUCCAUUCCCAUCGUCCGGGGCUCAGGAAGCCCAUGAGGAAGGGGAGAAGAGCCUCCUGCAGGAGAGCAAGAGGAGCUGCGAGCACGGGGAACUGGGCAAACCCUGUGGAUUAUGCUCCUAUCACUGC